GAAGGAUAAAUUCCUAGGCCAGUGCUCUGCUGAUCCAGCUCCAGACAACCGGCACCCGUGACUCCCUGAGAUCUGUCCAGUGCUUGCCUGCAUGAGGAGUCCAACCCAUCCUGACAGAGUCCAGAAGCUGAGGGUCACUGCAGUGUCUCUGUCAGCCUCACCAUGAACCUGGAGCUACCUAAGAGUGAGAUUCGGCCAGCCACACGGGUGAUAGGAGGACCAGUCACCCCCAGGAAAGGACCACCUAAAUUUAAGCAACGGCAGACAAGGCAGUUCAAGAGCAAGCCCCCCAAGAAAGGCGUGCAAGGGUUUGGGGAUGACAUCCCUGGAAUGGAGGGCCUGGGAACAGAUAUCACGGUCAUCUGCCCUUGGGAGGCCUUCAACCACCUAGAGCUGCACGAACUGGCCCAGUAUGGCAUCAUUUAGUCAGAGCCCUGCUCUGAGAGCCCUGUGGAAGACACCUGCUGCUGAAGACCCAUCCCACCUCACCACCCUGUAUAAACCCUGUCCAGGACCCCUGCCCAAGCCUGAGCUGGAGUUAGCCAGGUUACCCUGGCCUCCUGGGACAACCUCUGGUCCUGACACCAGCUACUGAGAGCCUCCAGCCUCCCACAGGACACCCUGUUGACCUGAAGUCACUGGUCAGCAGAAAGAAGGGAGUGGGAACCAGCCCCACCUCCUGCCCUUCUUGUGUCUGUAAUGUUCCUUGAACUGACUUCUGAGGGUAAUAAAGUUCCUCUCUCUUGCAGCCCUUCCAGAUGGGUGUCGUGGGGUGGGACACUGUCCCACAUAAGCUACUAAGCUACUCCUCCCAUUAUACCAACCUUCCCAACAUACUCUUGUCUCUUGCCCCUACUUCAAAAUAAAAUUAGCAUGUCCUUGCUUA